UCUGCCAGUCCAAGUCGAAGAAUAACAAUGGCUUCUGUUAAAUACUGCCUUCUGUUGGCUCUACUUGUUGGUACAACUUUCAUUUACGGACGGGCAGAAGACGACUCCAAAGAGAGCUCUAGCUCGGAGGAGAGUUUGGAAAACUCGACGGAAACCAACAGCACUGGCCCCCAAGACCUAUAUGUGAUCAAGACAGUGGUUUAUGAAGUUGGAAUUUUAACUGAUGCAAGCAACGACACUGGCAUUCCUUCCAAUGAGACCCACGAACAAGUCGACCUCUCAUUCUUCGACCCCAAACACAACGGCAGCGUGAUAGACCUCUCCAAAAUCCCUCUGCCAAUCCAGACCAACAUCAGCGGUGUUUCCGUUACCGGGAUACUUCCCAGCAAUUUGGGAGCAAUCAUCUUGCCCAACAACGGCUCCGAUCCCGAAUUGAACGCCUCCUUCCCAAUCUUGCCCAAUAAGCAAGUCAAGGUGACGCAGAACAUCAGCACGGACAAUCCACAAAAGGGAUCGGCGAUUGUUUCCAAUUUGCCGCAAAUUCUUGGACUGACAACCAACAAUGAGACCAAGGAAGCUUAGAUUUUAACUAAGUUUCCAUGUGUGUACAUUUAUGGCUAAUUAUUAAGUGAUUUAAUAAUAAAUUAUAUUUGUUAA